CAUAUUAGAUUGGUUGUUAAUCAUACAAAUGUCAUAGUUAUAUUUAUUUUUUAAGAAUAUCAAAGAAGAAUAUAUUAUUAUUAAACAUGUCUAUUAACAUAGAUAUUAAGUUAAAACGUGCCAGUAAAAUAUAUCAUGAAGGGGAGGUUGUCGUUGGUCUUAUAUUAUUACAAACUAAUUCCGAUUUAAAACAUGAUGGUAUAUUUUUAACAAUGGAAGGUUCUGUUAAUUUACAAUUGAGUUCCAAAAAUGUUGGUAUUUUUGAAGCAUUUUAUAAUUCUGUCAAGCCUAUUCAGUUAGUACAAUAUACUGUGGAUGUUGCACCUCCUGGAAAAAUAUCAAGUAGUAGAAUACCUUUUGAAAUACCAUUCGAAUUACCAUUAAGGCCACGAGGAAAGAAACCAUUGUAUGAAACUUAUCAUGGAGUUUUUGUUAAUAUACAAUAUUUAAUACGCUGUGACAUAAAGAGGAACUUUCUUGCAAAAGAUGUAAGCAAGUCGUUGGAAUUUAUUGUAGAAGACAAGUACACCGUUAAAGUUGAUAAAGAACAUAGUAAAAUAGUAUUUUUUAAGAUAACACCGGAAUCUUUACAAAAUGCAAAAGACAAAACUAAUGUUCCAAGAUUUUGCAUUUCAGGAAGAUUAGAUUCGUUGUAUUGCAAAAUUUCAGAACCUCUUAAAGGCGAGGUAGUAAUUGAACAUUGUGAAGCUGUUAUAAAAUCAAUUGAAUUGCAAUUGGUAAGAGUAGAAACGUGUGGCUGUGCUGAGGGAUAUUCGAGAGAUGCAACAGAAAUACAAAAUAUACAAAUAGGAGAAGGAAAUAUAUGUACGAAUUUGCCUAUACCUAUUUACAUGAUAUUUCCAAGAUUAUUCACUUGUCCUACAUUAAGUACAAGUAAUUUUAAAGUUGAAUUUGAAGUAAAUCUUAUCAUUAUAUUCGAAGACGAUUAUUUAGUCACUGAAAAUUUUCCUAUAAUACUUUCCAGAUGCUAGCAAUCAUUUGGUAUAUAAAAAUAUAAACUGUAGUAAUAGUAUGUAUAAAUGCAAUUAUCUUAAGUUAAUUAAAUAAU